AAUUAGUAGUGACCAACACACCAAUGCCAAUUGCCAAGUAUCAAAGCAAAAGUAGUUCUUCUUCUUCACUGAAAAAUUCUAAACAAAAUGGCUUCACUAAUAGGAACUUCCUCUUCAGCAGCAGCUGCUGCUAUAUUAGCUUCUACACCCUUAUCUUCUCGCUCCUCUAAAUCUUCCAUUUUAUCUCUCUUCAAUUCUUCAGGGCAGAGUCAAGGGAGGAAGUUUUAUGGAGGGAUUAGAGUCCCAGUUAAGAAAGGGAGGUCCCAAUUCCAUGUCGCAAUUUCAAAUGUUGCGACGGAAAUCAGCCCUGCUCAAGAACAGAGUCAGAAACUUGCCGAGGAGAGCCAGAGACCGGUGUAUCCAUUUGCAGCUAUAGUGGGACAAGACGAGAUGAAGUUAUGCCUUUUGCUGAAUGUAAUAGAUCCAAAGAUUGGAGGUGUGAUGAUAAUGGGCGAUAGGGGAACUGGGAAGUCCACCACGGUUAGGUCUUUGGUGGAUUUACUUCCUGAAAUCAAAGUUAUUUCUGGUGAUCCGUUCAAUUCAGAUCCAGAUGACCAAGAAGUAAUGAGUGCAGAAGUCCGUGACAAAUUGAGGAGCGGAGAGAAGCUUCCUAUAUCUCGUACCAAAAUCAACAUGGUUGAUUUACCACUUGGUGCUACUGAGGACAGGGUGUGUGGCACAAUCGACAUUGAGAAAGCUCUUACUGAGGGUGUGAAGGCUUUCGAGCCUGGUCUUCUUGCUAAAGCUAACAGAGGAAUUCUUUACGUCGAUGAGGUUAAUCUUUUGGAUGACCAUUUAGUAGAUGUUCUUUUGGAUUCUGCAGCAUCAGGAUGGAACACUGUUGAAAGAGAGGGGAUAUCAAUCUCACAUCCGGCCCGAUUUAUCCUCAUUGGUUCGGGUAAUCCUGAAGAAGGAGAACUUAGGCCACAACUUCUUGAUCGAUUUGGAAUGCAUGCCCAAGUGGGAACCGUGAGAGAUGCAGAGCUGAGAGUGAAGAUCGUUGAGGAAAGAGCUCGUUUUGAUAAGAACCCCAAGGAAUUCCGAGAGUCAUACAAGGCAGAGCAAGAAAAGCUCCAGAACCAAAUCGACUCAGCUAGGAACGCUCUUUCUGCUGUUACAAUCGAUCAUGAUCUUCGAGUUAAAAUAUCUAAGGUCUGUGCAGAACUAAACGUCGAUGGAUUGAGAGGUGAUAUAGUCACUAACAGGGCAGCACGAGCAUUGGCUGCACUAAAAGGAAGAGAUAAGGUAACUCCAGAGGAUAUCGCCACUGUCAUUCCAAACUGCUUAAGACACAGACUGAGGAAGGAUCCUUUGGAAUCUAUUGACUCGGGCGUACUUGUUGUUGAGAAAUUUUAUGAGGUUUUCGCCUAAGCUGUUUUAUAGAGUGAGAUACUUAUUUUUGGCUUUAUGUUCCAUUCAUAAACCGUCUAAAGAUUUGACAAUUGUAACACUAGACUUUUGCUUAAGCUUGCCUUUGUACUGUGCUUAAGAAAUGGGGUUCAGAAUUACCUGUAGCCAGUUGUAUUUGGUUAUGACUGCUCUAUUUUCUGAAAUGUUUCAUUUUUGUUGUAUA